UCAAGAAAAUAAUAAUUGUUUCUGAAAGAAAAACUCGGAAAUGCUAAGAAUAGAAAGAAAUGAGUAUUGUUUGGUUUUCUAAUCUGAAGGCUUUCAGUAGUUUGAGGAGAUGAACGAACGGUUUCUUCUUUGAAUGACAUAGUUAGUUAAAAGAGGAAUUGAUAAGAAAAGAUGAAAUGUCGGAAAUAAGUUUUGUUAUGAAUUUUAUGAUCUUUUGGCCACUAAGUAGUUUCAUCUCUCUCUCUCUCUCUCUCUCUCUCUCUCUCUCUCUCUCUCUCUAAUUCUUUGUUAGGUUUGGAUGAUCGUUCAGAGAAGCAUUCACUCCAAAAAUGUAGCAAUCUCAAAGAAAAAAUAAACUCUCUUUCAAUAUGAUUCAAUGACAAUGGAGAUAGAAAGUCACAAGUCUCAAGAAAAAAUAUAUGUUUACUUAGGGUUUCAUGUGUAUGUGUACAUCUAAUAUGAUUUGUUGUUUAGACAAGAAAAAGUAUAUGUUUUAUUAGGGUUUCUUAAUUAGGUUUGUUCUAUGAAGAAAAACAAAAUGAGCAAGGAACAAGGCUGUGUUCUAAAAGCUUGGGAGGUGACGGUGAGAAAGACCCAACAAGCCAAGAAACGAGCAAACAACAUUUUUGGAACCGUAUCUGUAGCUCCACAAACAGAUGAUCAAGCUACUACGACCGAGGAGAAUGAUGAUGAGACCAGCACUAACAGAAGCAGCAUAGGAGAACUCUACCAUGCAGAGAGAGUACUUCCUAAUGGAGACUACUACACAGGUCAAUGGUACGAUAGUUUCCCCCACGGACACGGUAAGUAUCUAUGGACAGAUGGUUGUAUGUACAUUGGUGAAUGGUACAACGGGAAGACUAUGGGGAAAGGGAAGUUUGGUUGGCCUUCUGGUGCAACGUAUGAAGGUGAGUUCAAAAGUGGAUACAUGGAUGGGAUUGGCACGUACACAGGUCCUAGUGGAGAUACUUAUAGAGGUCAAUGUGUAAUGAACCUGAAACAUGGACAUGGGAUCAAGAGUUACGCAAACGGAGAUGUCUAUGAUGGUGAAUGGAGGAGAGGUUUGCAAGAAGCUCAAGGGAAGUAUCGUUGGAGAGAUGAGAGUUAUUACAUUGGGGAGUGGAAGAACGGUAUGAUCUGUGGAAAAGGUACUUUUAUUUGGACAGAUGGUUGUAGAUACGAUGGGUUUUGGGAUGAUGGUUUCCCUAGUGGAAACGGGACGUUCAAGUGGGACGAUGGGAGCUUCUACGUUGGUCAUUGGUCUCAAGAUCCUGAAGAAAUGAAUGGUACUUAUUAUCCAUCGGGGAACGAAAAGAAUCUUGAAUGGGAUCCUAAAGAUGUGUUUAACAAUCUGAGUGAGUACAAGACUUGUAGUGGAGAGAGAGUUCCUGUGUUGCCUUCACAGAAGAAGCUCUCUGUGUGGAACUCUUCCAAGCGUGUAGAGAAGCCGAGGAGGAUCUCUGUUGAUGGGAGGGUGAGUGUUGGUUUAGAUAGAGCGUUUGAGAAGAUGAAUAUGUGGGGAAGUGAAAGUGGUGAAGGCGCUUCUGAUAUUGAUUCCACCACAAGGAGAGACUUGGAUGCUGAGAUAAUGAGACUUGAGGCUGAAGGAUUCAUUCAGAGCUUGAAACCUAGCCCUGUGCCUAUGAGAUUGCCAAGGGCAGGGAAGAAGCAAGGGGAGACAAUAUCGAAAGGACACCGCAACUACGAACUUAUGCUCAAUCUACAGCUUGGAAUCAGACAUGCUGUUGGAAAACAAGCUGCCGUUGUGUCUCUUGAUCUUAAGCAUUCAGCUUUUGAUCCAAAGGAGAAAGUAUGGACAAGAUUUCCACCAGAAGGAACCAAAUACACACCUCCUCACCAGUCUAGUGAAUUCAAAUGGAAAGACUAUUGCCCAUUAGUUUUUAGGAGCUUGAGGAAGUUAUUCAAAGUAGACCCAGCUGAUUACAUGUUAUCAAUCUGCGGUAAUGAUGCACUUAGGGAACUAUCAUCCCCUGGAAAAAGUGGAAGCUUUUUCUACCUAACAAACGAUGAUCGUUACAUGAUAAAAACAAUGAAGAAGUCUGAAACUAAAGUGCUUCUAAGAAUGCUUGCAGCGUAUUACAACCAUGUUAGAGCAUUUGAGAACACUUUGGUGAUUAGAUUCUACGGUCUCCACUGUGUGAAGUUGACUGGAACAAUCCAAAAGAAGGUUCGGUUCGUUAUUAUGGGAAACUUAUUCUGUUCUGAGUACUCUGUCCACAGACGCUUUGAUCUGAAAGGAUCUUCCCUUGGACGUACAACUGAUAAACCUGAAUCAGAAAUCAACUCAAACACAAUCUUGAAAGAUCUUGAUCUGAACUUCAUUUUCAGACUACAGAAAGCUUGGUACCAAGAGUUCAUCAGACAAGUCGAUAAAGACUGCGAGUUUCUAGAACAGGAGAGAAUCAUGGACUACAGUCUUCUUGUUGGGAUACAUUUCAGAGAAGCAUCAGUGGCUGGAGAGUUGAUACCUUCUGGAGCACGCAAGCCUAUUGGUGAGUUUGAAGAUGAAUCAGCUCCUCGUCUCUCCAGAGCAGACGUGGAUCAGCUUCUAUCUGAUCCCACAAGGUGGGCUAGUAUCAGACUUGGAGGAAACAUGCCGGCUCGAGCAGAGAGAACAAUUAGAAGGAGCGACUGUGAACUAGUUGGGGAACCAACAGGAGAGUACUACGAGGUUGUCAUGAUCUUCGGGAUCAUAGAUAUUCUUCAAGAUUACGACAUUAGCAAGAAACUUGAACACGCUUACAAGAGCAUCCAGUACGAUCCUACUUCAAUCUCAGCUGUUGAUCCGAGGCUAUACUCUAGACGUUUCCGUGAUUUCAUUUUCAAGGUCAUCACUGAGGAUGAUUGAAACAAGUCUCUUCUGGUGCCUUGCAGCCACCACUUUUUAUUUUUUUAUUACUUGUUCCGAUUUAAUGAUGAACUAUGUAACAUCAGUUAACAUCUAUAGUAGUGGAUGUUUUUUUUUUCUCUUCUAUUGUUUUGUUCGAUGCAAAUAUAUAUAUAAAACUGAUUAUUUUAGAACAAAUGAACAUCUUUUUUCUGUUUUCUUGUUCUAUUUUGAUUGUAGGGUCUUGUUGAUCUUCUUGAGUUUAAGCCUAUUCCUGCUGGGCCUGACUCUCCUCAUUCAAUUCUUAGAUGGUUUUGUCUGCAAAAUCCCUAACAAUGAUGAAAUGACAUAAAAUCAGAAGACAUAGUAUCCGGUGUUGGCAAGUCGAUUGGUGUACUAGCUGGUCCUUAAAGGUCAUGAGUUCGAAUGCAAGGAAGAUGGGACCAAUAAAUCCGUUCUAGUGUCAAGAAGAUUAUAGGCAUAAAUUUAAGAAAGAGCCCAUAACUUCUUCUUUGCUCAAGAAACAAGAUAAUUCUCCAUUUUUUUGUGCUAACAAAAAGAUAAGUAAGAUGCAAUUUGCCUUGUGUAUGAUUUUGGUUGUGGGUUGUGAGUUGUGACUUUUGUGUUUAGGCCUGGGCGUUCGGGUACCCGUUGGCGUUCGGAUCGGGUUUUUCGGGU